AUGGCGCUGUUCUCCGAGAUACCAACUCAUGAUGGCAUCUGCAGCCUAGGUCUAACAGCUUUUGCCGCUGUAUCUAUUCAACCCCGGCAGUCGUCUUUGAACACCUGGAUAAGCAGCGAAGUCAGGUAUGCACGUCAGGCGAUCUUGAAUAACAUUGGAUCCAGCGGGGUCUGGGUUCCCGGAGCAAGGACAGGCGUGGUCGUGGCAAGUCCCAGCACGGACAAUCCCAAUUACUUCUACACGUGGACGCGUGAUUCGAGUCUGGUGCUCAAAACGCUAGUGGACUUGUUUCGCAACGGGGAUACCAGCCUGCUGCCAAUUAUUGAGGAGUGGAUUUUCUCGCAGGCACGAAUUCAAGGCGUCACAAAUCCUUCUGAUCUGUGGGAAGAAGUUUCCGGGUCCUCAUUUUUCACCCUUGCUGUGCAGCACCGUGCGCUGGUGGAGGGAAGCGCAUUUGCACAGAGCGUUGGCGCGACUUGCCCUUAUUGUGACUCUCAGGCACCCCAAGUGCUCUGCCUUUUGCAGCACUUUUGGACAGGAAGUUACGUCCUGGCCAAUUUGGGCGGAGGACGCACGGGGAAAGACACCAACACACUGCUCGGUAGUGUCCACACCUUCGAUCCCCAAGCAGGCUGUGACGACUCGACGUUCCAGCCAUGUUCACCUCGCGCUCUCGCGAACCAUAAGGUAGUGGUAGAUGCAUUCCGGUCGUUAUACGGAAUCAACUCGGGGAUCGAUAGUGGUGCCGCCGUGGCGGUCGGUCGGUAUCCCGAAGACAGUUACUACAACGGAAACCCAUGGUUCUUAUGCACCCUCACUGCGGCAGAGCAGCUUUACGACGCGUUGUACCACUCCGCGGCCAUGGGGACGUUCUCCUCUUCGAGCGCAACUUAUUCGAGUAUUGUCAGUGCUGUGAAGACGUACGCGGAUGGCUUCCAAGCGUACACCCAUCUUAAUGGCUCCAUGGCCGAGCAAUUAUCCAAGUCAGAUGGCUCUCAGGCAUCUGCUCGUGAUCUCACUUGGUCCUACGCGGCGCUGUUGACCGCAAACAAUCGUCGAAAUGCGGUGAUGCCAGCUGCCUGGGGCGAACAAUCGGCAACGAGCGUGCCUGCUGUUUGUAUUGCAACUUCAGCCUCCGGAACAUACUGCAGCGUUACUAUUUCAACAUGGCCAGCGAUCAGCACGAAAUCGGGGGGGCCGACCACCACCACCACCACCACCACUAUCAACACACCAUGCACGAUUUCGACCGCCGUCGCCGUGACGUUCGACUUACGCGCGACGACAGCCUGGGGAGAAGAAAUCAAGUUAGUGGGCUCAACGACACAGCUAGGCACCUGGACACCGGAUAAGGGAGUAUCCCUAAACGCAGACAAGUACUCCAGCUGUGAUCCUCUCUGGUCAACCACCGUGACUCUACCGGCUGGUCAGAUUUUUGAAUACAAAUUUAUCCGGGUGAAGACCGUUGGAACCGUGCAGUGGGAGAGCGAUCCAAAUCGCGACUAUGCUGUGCCUGCGGCUUGUGGGACGACCACCGCGGUGCAGGUCGAUAUCUGGCGCUAG